CCACAUCCUUGGUGCGAAGAACAAGUAACCCUUCCUAAACCACCGACACGUGUCCUCCUCCCCACUCUCUCCCCAAAUUGGACAAUUCACCCCUACCCCCGUUAAAUAUUUUCCCCUCUUUCGUUUUUAAUAUUUCUUUCAGAUUUAUUCAAUUUUCCCGUCCUUUCUCGGCCUCCCCCUCUGUCUCCUCUUUCCUUCUCUCUCUUCAGAACUCGAUCGGCAGGCCCUCGCCCUCUCUAUUCGGAUCGAUUCCCACCGCAACAAACUCUGGUUCUCUUUCCGGAGACGAAUCGGACAUAAGGCUCCUCCCUUUUUCUUCUUUCUUCUUUCUUCUUUCUUUAUUCCCCUGCAAAAUAGGGCUCGGUGUCCUCCGCCGUCGAUUGCGACCAAAUUAGGGUUCUGGUAAUUUUUUCUUUUUCUGAUUUAGAGAAGUAUUGGUUAUUUGAUCUCUUCUGUAUUCAAUUUUUCUGUUUUUUUUUUUUGUUCGUUUGGGUUUUGCCCUAGGUUAGACGGAGACAAAAAAAAUUGGAAAAAAAAAUUAAAUUCUUUGAUUCUUUUCUUGUAGAUAAAAUUGUUCACGGCGUCGUGGGUUUUUGGUUUUCGAUUCUUAGCUGAUCUUUUAGGUUCUCUGCUUCCUGUGAAACUCUGUGAAAUUUUUGGGCGUCGUUUUAGUUUGCCAUCAGAAAUUGAGGGUUUUUCCUUGUAGAUCUUCCUCCUUUUGUUUAAUUUUUUUUUCUUGAUUUUUUAUCCUCAGUUAUUUGAUCCGAAAAGAAAAAAGAAAACCAAAAAAAAAAAAAAAAGAGAGAGAGAAAAAGGAGAAAAAGAAAAAGAAAAGAAAGGGUUGUGGAAAUCUAGGGUAGGGUAUUGUACAUGUAGAGAAAAAUUGGGUUGGGGUGUAGUUUCGAUGGCCUUGAAUUUUUCCCAUCGACCAUUCUUUCCAGCUCAUCUGUCUGAGGACAAUUUGGUGUCACCGAUGAGGAUUCACAAUGGGUACCUUGCCGAUGGUAUCUCGGAGAGGAAUGGAGAUGGUUUUGGUAGGCCGUGGCACUCUAACCGGGAUGUGGAGGAUCCCUUUGAUUAUGGGAGGGAUAGAUGUGAUAAGGGCAGCUCACAGGAGCCAGUUUCGAAUGACAUUAUUGAUCUUUUGCCUUCGGAUCCAUUUGGGAUGGAUAUAAGUACAACUUUUACGGCCAUCACGGGGUGGCUCGAGGAUUUGGAAAUGGACUAUGGGUGUUAUGGAAGGGAUGAUGUGGGGACUAGCAAUGGGAAUUAUGAACUUUUUGCGGGGUUGAAUUUUAUUUGGAAUAAUGCUAUGAGGUUCCAGACAUUCCCUGGGAAUCUUGGGGUUGAUCGCAAGUCUAAAGUAGCAAGCGGAUUCAAUGGGUGUUUUAAAGAGAAGCGGGUGGGUGACACAUCCUCCCAUGGUGGCUUGGUUGGAUGUUUGAAAGAGAAGCAGGUGGGUGAUGGUGGCUUGGUUGGGUGUUUGAAAGAAGAGCAGGUGGGUGAUGCAUCCUCCCUAGGUGGUUUCAUUGGGUGUUCUAAAGAGAAGCAGGUUGUUGAUGCAUCCUCCCAUGGUGGUUUGGUUGGGUGCUCCAAAGAGAAGCAGGUCGAUGAUUUAUCCUGCCAUGGUGGUUUGGUUGGGGUUGUUGAUUCAUCCUCCCAUGGUGGUUUGGUUGGGUGUUCAAAAGAGAAGCAGGUUGUUGUCGUUGAUUCAUCCUGCCAUGGUGGUUUGGUUGGCGUUGUUGAUUCAUCCUCCCAUGGUGGUUUGGUUGGGUAUUCAAAAGAGAAGCAGGUUGUUGAUCCACCCUGCCAUGGUGGACUUGGUGGGUGUUUGAAAGAGAAGGGGAUUGGUGAUGCAUCUGAUGCAUCAUCCUUCCAAGGUGAUUUCGAAUCAGCUUGUGCAGUGGCUGACAUUUUGUCUUUUCGCAAUGAAACUUGUGGUUUUUCCAAUCAGCAAAAUGUAGAGCCUCAGCAUGUCAAUGGGAUUUGCUCUGUUGGAGAUGGAGGAGCUCAUGAUGGAGCUUUGAUGUUGGCCCUUAGUUAUCUGGGUGUGCGGGAUCUCCUUGUUGUGGAAAGGGUUUGCAGAUCUCUCUAUUCUACAGUUCGUGGCGACCCCCUUAUGUGGAGAAGUAUUCACAUAGAUCAGCCACUGAAUGAGAAAAUUACAGAUGAAGUUCUUUUGCAAUUGACUGAUAGGGCUCAAGGAAAUCUGCAAUGCUUGAGCCUGGUGGAGUGCCCUAGGAUCACUGACGAUGGUCUCAAGCGUGUGCUUGAAAAUAAUCCUAGGCUUACCAAGUUAAGUGUGCCUGGAUGUACUAGACUCAGUAUUGAGGGCAUUGUGAAUAGCUUAAAGGCUUUUAAGUCUAAGGGUGCACAUGGUGUGAAGCAUUUACGAAUUGGCGGACUCUAUGGUGUGACACAGAAGCAUUUUGAAGAGUUGAAAUCUUUGUUGGGCACUGAUAGCCAGAUGCAGCAGAAUGCCCGCAAGCCGCACUUUUAUCACCGAGGGAACUUUUAUUUAUCCUGUGAUGAUGAUAGUGACAUUGAUAUCGAAAUGUGCCCUAGAUGCCAGAACUUGAGGCUUGUUUAUGAUUGCCCCGCAGAGGCUUGUCAAGGAAAAGAACAUACUACUCAGUUAUGCAGGGCCUGCACACUGUGCAUAGGUAGGUGUGCUCAGUGUGGUCGGUGCAUUAAUGAUAGUGAAUAUGAGGAAACAUUCUGUCUGGAGUUGCUUUGCUCAGAUUGUUGGAAGCAGCUACUCAAGUCUCAGGAGGGGGAGGAUACAGAGUUUGUUCCAUCCAACUCUGCUGUUUUCCAUGAACAGAAUCAUAGCUUUUGUCGCCACGGCUAGGUACCGUUGGUUGUGCAGAUCUGCUGUUACAUGUUAUGGAUGAGAAAUUGCAAGUGGUUACUUUAGACAUCUAUCAAGAAAUACUAAAGAGAUACUUUUAAGACUGUUUCCUUUGUCUCAUUGCCGCUCGGGUUAGCUGACUGUGUUGGGUUCAGCCUAUCAGUUGGCUUCAACUUUGGUGGUUUUCGUAGGGUAUUGCCUGUUCCUGCUGUUGAUGCUCUGUGAUGAAUUGAGAAAAUUCUAUAGAAGGGAAAAAAAAAAAAGAAAAAAAAAAGAGAGAGAUGGUAACUUAGGAAAUGAAGAAUUAUUAGACAAAGUUCUGCAUCCAAUCAAAGGUUUGAACUUUGUUUCUUGGUGAUUUCUUUGGCUCUGGUACGAAUAAAAACUUUAUGAGAGUAUGUUGAUUUGCAUGUGAAUAGUGGGUUGUGAAGUUUAGAAUACUGGGAUGUGAUGUCACCUAGCAGCUCCGUCAGGAGGGGUAACUUCUUGUAAAAAGCAAAGUGGAAAGAUGACUUAUUUGUCGUGGUAGGGGUUUUACCUAUUUGUUGGCUCUUUGAAGGAGGCACUCGUGUACCUGUGGGAUGUGGUGCUGUUCUCACAAUACUAUGAGUUCUUCUCUAUGAACUCUCUGCUGGCUCUUUGAAGAGCACUUGUCUACCUGUCACCGUGAUGUGGAAUUUGCACUGUUCAUCCAAUCAAUGAGUUACAGUGACCAUUGUUUCAGCCAUGCCCAAUCCCACAAUGAAUCAAGCCAAUCGUUCUUCUUAGCUGUGUAGCAGUUUAUGUUACGAAGAUUGCUGUCGUAGCACGCCCAUCUGUGGCGCACUAACAGGGAUGAAGUCUCUUGCAGGAGUGCAGGACUAUCAAUUUCUGUUCAUUCCACAGAUGCAGCUUCUAUUAUGCACGCCCUGUGCAGCCUUCAUGGGUUAUGCUUGUGCUGUCGAGGAGAAUAUAUGUUGGGCUUGUUAUUGUUCUGGCUGAUAACUAGAAAGAAGACUUGUCAAUGCUUCCUUUGAGAUGAUUGAAUGAUGUAAAAUAAAUUCGAGAGUCAAUACCCUGAUGCCAAGGGAUAAAUUUCUUGCAUUAGAUUUUUUUAGCAUCUGUUGAGAUAGUUUGUUAAUGUAUUCUCAUCCAUCUUCCUGUUGAUGGAUGCUGGUCUCUUGCUCUUUUUGUUGUCGUUAAACACAGGAUUAGCUUUGUUUGUAAUAAACAUGCAAUCACAUACGGGAAUUUAUCAUUCUCAUCAUGACGUUUUGCAUUGUU